GCUCUCUGGCUGGAAGCUGAACGUGAUGACGGCCUGGUCUAUGGUGGGGAAGUUGAAAAUGGAGAAGAGGCACACCAGAGAAGACAGAAAUAUGGAACAAGAUGCUGGGGAAUGCAGUGCUGAAUCUGAGGAAUGGACGAGCUCAGAAAGUGAACCUGAGCAACCAUACUUCAGAAGCAGCUGUAGCAAUAUACAGUGGAGAGAGAAGGAGGUUUCUGCUAAACCACAUCGGCCGCUCUGUCGUUCCCCUUGUUUGGAUCGCCCAAGUUUUUCACAGAGCAGUAUCACACAAGACUUGAAGCUGGAAGAAUGCAAAACAAAUCUGGACAAGGAAUACCAAGCUAAAAUGGAUUUUGCUUUAAAGCUUGGAUAUGCAGGAGAUCAGAUCCAGGCUGUACUGAAUAAAUUGGGAGCAGAUGCUCUCAUCAAUGAUGUUCUGGCAGAGCUUGUGAGACUUGGCAACAAAAGUGAAUCAGAAGGGCAAGGCAGCGCCAGCACUACCACUAGUACUCUGGUGCCGAGAGGCCUAUGCCCGAAGGAGAUAGCAAGCCCUGAACUGUCACUUGAGGAUGAAGUUGUGGAUAACAGUGAUAACCUGAGGCCAAUUGUCAUUGAUGGAAGCAAUGUGGCUAUGAGUCAUGGGAAUAAAGAAGGAUUUUCCUGCCGGGGAAUUCAACUAGCUGUUGAUUGGUUUCUGGAAAAAGGACAUAAAGAUAUAACUGUGUUUGUCCCUGCAUGGAGAAAAGAGCAGUCUCGACCUGAUGCACCAAUUACAGAUCAAGAAAUCUUACGUAAAUUGGAGAAAGAAAAAAUUCUUGUUUUUACCCCAUCUCGAAGAGUUCAGGGAAGGAGAGUCGUUUGCUAUGAUGAUCGCUUCAUAGUAAAACUUGCUUUUGACUCGGAUGGCAUCAUUGUAUCAAAUGACAACUAUCGUGAUCUUCAGAAUGAAAAACCAGAAUGGAAGAAAUUCAUAGAGGAACGGCUGCUCAUGUAUUCUUUUGUGAAUGACAAGUUUAUGCCUCCUGAUGAUCCUCUGGGACGCCAUGGUCCAAGCCUUGAAAAUUUUUUAAGAAAAAGGCCAGUUAUUCCUGAACAUAAAAAACAACCAUGUCCUUACGGUAAAAAGUGCACCUAUGGGCACAAAUGUAAAUAUUACCACCCAGAACGGGCAAACCAGCCUCAAAGGUCAGUAGCGGAUGAGCUUCGAAUAAGUGCCAAAUUAUCUGCUGUGAAAACUAUGAGUGAGGGAGCCUUGGCCAAAUGUGGCACAGGGCCAUCCAGCUCCAAAGGAGAGAUCAAUUCUGAAGUGAAACGCAUUACCCCAAAGCGUCAGUCAGAUCCAAGCAUUAGAUCGGUAGCUGUGGAGCCUGAGGAAAAGUUAUCAGUAGCCCGGAAGUCGGAGGCCAGCUCUGUCCCAUCUCUGGUUUCUGCAUUAAGUGUACCAACACUCCCUCCACCAAAAAGCCAUGCAGCUGGUGCAUUAAAUACUCGUUCUGCAAGCAGCCCAGUGCCAGGUUCCUCACAGUUCACGCAUCAGAAAUCCUCACUGGAACACAUGUCCAGUGUGCAAUAUCCUCCUAUACUAGUCACCAAUAGCCACGGUACCUCAGUUAGCUAUACGGAGCAGUAUCCCAAAUAUGAAUCGUUAGGGGACCACGGCUAUUAUUCCUUACUCAGUGAUUUUUCCAAUUUAAGCAUAAGUAGUAUGCGUAACACAGAUUAUUAUGGGGCUGAUACAGACCAGGGGAUGUAUUCUAGAAACUCAAGUCCCUGUCCUGAAACUCGCUUAAGCCAUACAAGUAAUGAUUCUUAUUCCUCUUACAAUGACUUGUAUCUGGGUGUAGCAGAUGCCAGUCCAGAAGACAAUGUGAAGAUCCACAGACUUUCAUCACAAAAUCGUCUUCAGCCUUUUUCCCAUGGUUACCACGAAGCCUUAAAUAGAGUUCAGAGUUAUGGAACUGAAGAGCCUAAGCAAUCCCUCCGCAAACAGUCAGUUUCCCACUUAGGCCUACAUGCCCAGCAUCCAGUUGUUGGAGCACGGUCCAGUUGUCCAGGAGACUACCCUGUGCCUCAAAAUGUUCAUCCAGCUGCACAACCAAGCCGUGCCUUGGUCAUGACAAGAAUGGACAGUAUUUCUGAUUCACGACUCUAUGAAAGUAACCCAACAAGGCAGAGAAGACCACCUCUCUGUCGAGAACAGCAUGCUAGUUGGGAUCCAUUACCAUGUGCAUCAGACUCUUAUGCUUAUCACUCUUAUCCAUUGAGCAACAACCUCAUGCAGCCAUGUUAUGAGCCUGUAAUGGUGAGAAGCAUGCCUGAGAAGAUGGAGCAACUCUGGAGGAAUCCCUGGAUUGGGGUAUGUGGUGAGCCACGGGAACCACAUAUCAUCCCAGAACAUCAGUAUCAAACAUACAAAAAUCUGUGCAAUAUUUUCCCUCCAGGCAUUGUCCUUUCUGUGAUGGAGAAGAAUCCCCACAUGACAGAUGCACAACAGCUGGCAGCUAUGAUUGUUGCCAAAUUAAGAACAGGGCGUUAAAUCAUUACAGCCUCUUUUAGACUGAUGAACCACACAGCAGACAGGAACUGGAGGAAAACUUACAUGAUGAAGUGGGCAAAUCUAUUGUAAAUAUAUUUUUUUAACAUUCUAGUAUAAAAUUCUGUACACAGUAGCAAGCAUCUAUUAUAUAUACACACACACACACACACACACACACACACACACACAAAUAUAUAUAUCUAUGCCUAGGCACUGUAUAAGAGCCGAUUGCAUUGUAAAUUUUAAUAUUUUUUUUUUUAAUGUAGGGAUUUUUAAUAGUAUUUCACAGGAAAUGCAUACCUUGCUGCAUGGAUAUAUCAUUAAGAAUUAGAAUGUCACGUUCAGUGUCUCGAAGCUGUUAAUACAAAAUUAUGUUAGCAAUUAUAUUGCAUGUACUAGCGUAUACUUUCAAUUUCAAAAUAAAUAUCUAAUUGGCCUUUCAAAGUAUGCUCUAUGCAGUCCCAGAUCACCUUAGGAUUUCAGCUUUGUCACGUGACAGUGCCUAUUGGCAUGUCAAAUAUUUAAGAAGAAAUAAACUUGACAAAAAAAUUAAAAUACCCACUUUGUAAAAGCAAAAAUGAUUUAUUCUUUUUUCAGCUUUUACAUGUCAAUAUUGUUGAUAUUUCUUAAAUUUUAAAACUGUUCACUGAGAGUUUGAGUAUCUAUUAGGACAUCCAAUACUUUGGCUCAAUGCAGUGGAAGCCAAAGUCAUUAUCAAAUCAGGACCAAAAUAGUAAGGUGGGUGGAGGAGUGAGCUCCACUGAAAAAACUAAAAGGAAUUUAAAACUGUAGCGUCCCUCUUCAGAAUUGGCUGUCACCUGUACUGUAAACAACUACCAUUCUGGAAGAAUAGAAAGGUUACAGGUAAAAACUGUUAAUUUUCAUGUAAAUUGGAUUACUCAGCCUCGGGCAGAGUGAAACAGAUGUUAACAUGGAUAGUCAGCAGUAACUGCAGCCCUUCUUCUGAGAGCAGGGAUGGCAUUUGAGUGACACUAACAUUCAAGAUUGCUGCACAGCUCAACUUGAGCAGGAGCAGGGUGCUGCUUCUUGAAAAGAGAUGCUACAGUUUGAGCUUGUGGCAAAGCUUUCCUGGUUUUGCUCUGGAGAUCCACGCAAAGGUGUGCAUUUGCCUCAUGAAAGCUUUUAGAACUCUUGUUGCAACAGGUGAGAAGAAAAUUGUGUGUGGCAUUGUUUGCGCAACUGGUUAUCUUGCUCAGGGUGGGAACCUUUGUAGCUAAAUGUCUCCAAAAGAGGCGUUUAUUGUUUUUUUUAAGCUGCACUGACUGGACGCCCUUUUUUGAAUCCACUGUAUAUUUCAACAUUUUAAACCAUUACUAACUCGAUAUGUCUCGAGCUAGGACUUGUUGACUUCUACUGUAGUUUUUUUUCAUGAAAGUUGAGAAGGCCUGGUUUAUGGCCUUUUGUCUCUUCAUGAGAAGGUGUGACACUGCCUAAAUGUUUCUUACUGUGAAACACACGGAACGUGAGGCUGCAGUCAGGGUUGUUUCUGGUGUUUUGAUAAUGGCUUGCAUGCUGCUUUCUGGUUAUGUGUUUGUUUGAGGGAAAAAAAAAAAAUUACAUCAUCUCUUCCACUUGUGUUACUGUAAUACUGGUUGGCUUGAUUCAGAAUAUCUUGUGGACUGUUUAUCAUGUACAAAAUGUGUUCCAUGUCAGAUAAUCUAAACAAUUACAGAUGCAGCUAUAAUUAAUGUACUGGUGUUUGAUAACCACAUCAUUUCACACAUGAUAAAUAUUCUAGUAUAGCUGCAGGUACCUCUCCAAUUUCUUACAUUACAUAAUGACCAUGUCAUUAUGUAUUUAAAUUGAAUUAGCUUGAGGGUGAGUCUGUCUUCACACUUGCUGUUUAAAAAUAACUAAACUUCUUAAUUAGUUGAUUUGUUAAUGGUAAAAAUAAAUCUUCAGACACUUCUGUGAUUUCAGAAAACAGAUUUAACUCUCGGCCAAUUUUCAAAACAUUUCUUACUAAUCAACAUUUUUAAUUUUAAUUUCUAACUAGUUUUAUUCUCUUCUCUUGCAUGGUAUAAGCAGCUGAGAGCAAUGCCUCAAAUAACCAGAAAUGACCUUUUGUUUGUUGAUACAAAUUGUAUCUCUUUUUCUUGAUUGUAUAAAAACUGUGUAUAAAAAAAAAAAAAAGCAUCUCUAGAUUAACUUCAGUAUUACAUUUUUCACCAAAAAUGUUUGUGGCACCGUGUGUCACAGGGAAGUAGCCCAUGGGUAAUUAUGGAUCUUUUUAUUUAAAAUGGGCACUUAUAGUUUAUAGACAAACAAGGACAACUUUUCAAAACCAGUUUAUAACGUGCACAGCUACAGUGUGUACACCUCAAAGCAUUACAUAAAGUUAUCUUUAGUCUAGUUAUUAAGCAGAUACAUUCUUGCACUAGAACUUUAUGUAAAAAAAAAAAUGUUGGUGUUAACAACUCAUUUGCAUGUGUUUAAAAUAUAACAAUAUAAUUGCUGUAGACCCUGCCUUAGUCUUAACAGAUUAAUUUAUAAAUUAUUUAGGUUUAAAAUGAAGUUUAUUGUGCACUCACACUUUCCAUCUUGCAUGGAAUUAAAUAUUUAUAUGUAGAAAACUGUUUGUUUCCUUUUUCUACAAUUAUAAAGAUGAGCUACUUUAAGAGGGAUUUGGUAGGUGUUUAUGAUGUACUCUAAUCUGGAAGCCUGAGCAGAAAUUAUUGUAUGAAGUUUUGGGUGGUUUGUGGAGAUACUAAUUUUUGUACGACUUGUCUGGUCAUUUUAGUUUUCAGUAACUUUUGUCUUGCCCAUAGAAUACAUCCUUUUCAAAGGAUGAGAAUGUUAUACCAAUACAAAUCCAGCAUUUAUCUAGGGCAUGUUGAAGGCAAAUUGUCUUUUUCUAAAAAGCUAUGAGCAUCUAUCCUCCAUAGAAUUACAGAACGGGCAAUGUAACCUUCUGGAAAGAGUUCGCAAAUUGUGUGCUUGUCUAUUUCGCCUUCAAAGUAAUGAAACUUAUAUGUGAUGUAGUGUCUCCUGAUCAGCUAGUUUAAAUGGUAAUUGAGCCAUCCACAUCUGUUUUAAGAUAUGUUUACAAGUCAAUUCAAAACACUGACAGUCAUUAACCUUCAGCACAUAAGCUUAGAUUUCUUCUUACAUAGAAGAGCUGAUCUUAACACAUCAUAACUGUCUAUAUUGUAAAUAUAAGACUGUGCAUAGAUGCUCUUUUUGAGAGCAUGAUAUUUAAAUAUGUUUUUAAAACUGUAAGAGAACAGUUCUAGAAGCUAUAUUUUAAUAAAAUCUGUAAAAAAUCAACAAAAUCCUAGAUGGAAAAACUGCCAAAAAAAAAAAAAAAGAAGGUGCAGAGGUGAAAUCCUGGUCUACUGCAAUCAACAGGACUUCAACAGUAGACUUUAGUGGGCCAGAGCUUUCGCUGGGAGUUCUGAUUUACUGUCUUUUACUUUAGCUGUAUUAUUUUCCCAUCCUUUAUCAUAUAAAAGUGCAUAACCUUUGGUUUAUUAGUUAUGAUUCAAAAGCAAAUGCUUUCUAGGCUGUCAACCUAAGUUAUUUAAUGUUCUUAUGUAAGUAUCACAUGUUAGUAAUAUAUUAGACUGUAUAUAGAGGUUUUUUUUUUUUUUUGACUACUGUUAGUCCUGUUGUUGUCUUAAUUGCACUACAGUAGUUUGCUUUAUUCAUUUGUAGAAUUAAACAUUAUUGUUCAAUUGCUGUAAAAUUUUUAUGAAUCUCUUUGGGUUUCUUGGUUGACCCAAAUAUAAUGUAAGUCGCAAUGACAAAAUGAGUGAAAAAUGGAUGUUAAACCAGUAUUUGGUGUUCGUAAAUCACUGUAGUAAGUGUGCAAUGCUCUAACUGGUGCUGCAUGUAAUUCAUUAACCAGCAUGGCUGUCUGUUUAGCUUUUUGUAAAAAUGUUUUAAAUUUAAACUCUUAAGAAUAGAAAGUGUGCAUGCAGUUGCUUAGAACAAACACAAGAACCCUUAUUAAAAAAAAAAAGAAAGAAAAAGAAAACACCCAAAAAACACACACCAAAAUAUCUAUCUACUUAGGCCCAUACACAUACCUCUACUACCAGUUUGCCUCAAACUGCAUUUUUGUGUAUUGGAAUUCUUAAUGAUAAGCCUAACAGCGUUCAGAAUACUCAAAGAAUCUGUCCAAAUAAGUAAAUUAAAUAAAUACUUGGCUGGUAGCACGCAUGUAUACCUGUGGUGCAUACCACAUCACAAAUAAGAAAAUUUCAACUGUCAUACUUUUACUACAAUCUUAUAUUUAAAAAUUCCACUCUAAAGACAAGGGGCAUGUAUCAUUUCAGUGAGACUUUGUUCCACAAAGUUGAAAUAUUAUCUAUCUUUGCCUUCCAAAAGUUCACCUGAAGCAUUAGUACUAUGUUAUUCCAACCAUAGAUCUAGCACUCUUACUACCACGGUAAGUGUUCAGUUAUAAUAUUCUUCUUUUACACCCACAGUAUGUGGGACAGAGCCCUAUUAACUGUAAGAAUAUCUCCCACAAUAUUUCAACUGGAAAAAUGUAAUUGAACGCUCACUUAAAUUAUUCUCGCCCAAGUUUCUGGUUAGUCUUUGAAGAACCAUUAUAUAACAUCUAUGAUUUUGGUCUGUUGUAUUUAAAGCUUGUAAAUGUACUAGAAGAAUUGAGAGAGGACUCCAAAAGAAAACAUAUGCUAUUUUCUGCUCUUCCCCCC